GCGCGGGGCGAGCGGGGCCGCAUGGAGCAGCCCGGGCGCGCCGCCCGCCUCGCCAGCGCCCCCCGCCCCGCACCGUGAAGCUCGCCCAGCCGCGGCGGAGCCCCGCACCGCGCCGCCGGCCCCAUGGCGAAGGAGAAGAGCAGGAAGGCGCUGGUGGAGCUGCUCCAGCGGCCGGGAAACACGGCGUGCGCCGACUGCGCCGCCCCGGACCCGGACUGGGCAUCCCACAACCUAGGGAUCUUCAUCUGCUUAAAUUGUUCAGGAAUCCAUCGCAAUAUUCCCCAAGUCAGCAAAGUGAAGUCAGUCCGCCUGGAUGACUGGGAUGAUGCUCAAGUGGAGUUUAUGGCUGCGAAUGGGAACAAUGUAGCAAAAGCAAAAUAUGAAUCUAAAAUGCCACCGUUUUAUUAUAAACCAACGUUUCUUGACUGUCAACUGCUGCGGGAGCAAUGGAUCAGAGCCAAAUACGAAAGGAAAGAGUUCAUUCACAGUGAGAAGCAGGAGCCUUAUUCUGCAGGCUACCGAGAAGGGUUUCUGUGGAAGAGAGGACGCGACAACGGGCAAUUCUUAAGCCGAAAAUUCGUGUUAUCAGAGAGGGAAGGUGCACUGAAGUACUUCAACAAAAAUGACGCGAAGGAACCCAAAGCAAUUAUGAAGAUCGAACAUCUAAAUGCAACUUUCCAGCCUGCAAAAAUCGGGAACCCACACGGACUGCAGAUCACUUACUUGAAGGACAAUAGCACAAGGAACAUCUUUGUCUAUCAUGAAGAUGGCAAGGAAAUAGUGGACUGGUUCAAUGCCAUCCGCGCAGCACGGUUUCAUUACUUACAAGUGGCAUUCCCUGGAGCCAGUGACGUUGAUCUGGUGCCAAAGCUUUCUAGAAACUACCUGAAGGAAGGCUACAUGGAGAAAACGGGGCCAAAGCAAACAGAGGGAUUCAAGAAGCGAUGGUUCACCAUGGAUGACCGACGGCUCAUGUAUUUCAAAGAUCCCCUGGAUGCCUUUGCUAGAGGGGAAGUUUUUAUUGGGAGCAAGGAAAACAGCUACAAGGUCCUGGAAGGGCUCCCACCAUCCACGCAGGGAAACCACUGGCAGCACGGGAUAACCAUUGUCACCCCGGAUCGCAAAUUCCUCUUUGCCUGCGAGACAGAGGAUGACCAGCUGGAGUGGAUUACAACCUUUCAGAAAGUUAUAAGCCGGCCGAUGCUGCCUCAGGAAUACGCAGUGGAAGCCCAUUUCAAACAUAAACCUUAGCUGGGACUGGCUGGGCAGACCUGAGGAGUGAGCUUCUGUUUACAACACAACGUGGUUUUAUUUGAAAUGUUAAAAAUAAUGAAUAAUAAUAACAGUAAUAAUAAUAAUACUACUACUUCCCUUUCCCCUCAUCAUUCACUUGAUCAUGUUGGAAACCAAGAAGGGUGGCAGUGAAAUGUCGGAUGCAGAUCCAACCCAAAAUUCAGCUCUGUGGCCGCUCCAUGGGAUGCGCUGCUGGGACAAGUAGUCCUGUGACCCCAGCACCCCCCACCUGCUGAAAGGGGUGUCCCACCAGCUUCAGCGGGACAGCAAAGACUGUUGGUGGCACAUCUGGGGGGACAUGGGUCUUUUCCCCUUGAGCUGGUUCCUGGGGGCUGGAGCUGAGCAUGCCCACAGCCCCAGCUCUCACCAGCCUCCUUUGUAGGGGAGGAGCAGGGGCAUCCUCAUGGGAUGUGAAGCAGCAACCUGGAAACACCCAGAGUGGUGAUGUGCAAAAUGGCUGAACCUCCUGAUGGCAUCAGGGUAAAUGAUAAGUAAAUUACCUCACCUGGGGAGCGGUGGUGAUGCUGGACCCAGGCUCAGGGUCAAACAGGAUUUAGAAAUAGAGGAAAUUGGCAUCAUUGUCCUUGUCACCUGCUUAAUGAAGGAGGAGUGGUGCCCAGUGUGGACAGAGCAGUGCUGUCUCCAGCCCUGCAAGGGGGACACCAAGCCACAAGAUGAUGCCAGGGAAGAAAAGCUUCUUGGGUUAGGGCCCAUGCUCUGCUCCCCGUGCCAUCCCCAUUCCAUGGCUGGGGGGCGUCACACCAUGGGGAGUGGGAGGUGCUGAGCUGUAGGUGCAGUUUUGCUGACAGUCUGUCCCAGCCCAGUCCCACAGGCCAGUCCCUCCAGCCCACAGCACGCUGCUACUCCAGGCUGGUGAUGGCACUUUUUCUUUCAGUAAUUCCCUCACUUACUUUUCUCUUUUUUUUUGUUGUUGUUGUCAAUUUUUGUUCAUUUUGUCAGUUUCCCUGCCAAAAAACAACCCAAUAUAAGCUGCUUUGAAGUGACGUUUCAGCGCGGUGUUGAGCACUGUAAUUCCUGUGGUCAGGGCGGGCGGGCUGGGACCUGCACACCAUGUGCUGGAUUUUUACCCCCAAAUGAAAAGUACCAGCCCCAGACACGGACCUGUCCCACGCGUUCCUUAGGUUGGUGUGUGUAAAUGAGAGCAUCUCAUCGGCUGUAUGCAUUCGUUCUGUCACUGGUAAGACACCUGUGGUACUAAAUGUCAUUUGAACCAAUAAAUUAUUAUGUCAGA